CGAAUCUCCUUUCACGGGUUCAGGGCGCCCUUCCUUCCGUCGCAUCCCACGCCCCCCACCUGAUGCCACCCUUUUGUCUAUCACUCGCUAAUUCUGCAAUAAGGGAGUUAUGAACAUCAAAGAGGUGGUGACAGAGGAAACCCUUGCCGGGUUGGGGUUUGAGUUUGUUCAGGAUGAGCUUCGCCACAAACCCGACCUACUGAGGGACUUCCCCGGGGGGCAUCAGCCUGAUCAGCUGAAGGACAUUCCUGAGGAAGGUCUUGAUUGUGGUCCUUUUGUGGAAUUACAAGAUUCAGGAGAAGAGAUGGACAGCGAUCUCCUGCUCAGUCGCUUCACCGCAGGGAGGAAAAGGAAGAGAGAGACGAAGGGCCAGGGCAAACGUUCUUCAUUCCACCACGAGGAGGGUCCUUCUCGAGAGCCGGUCGUAUUUGUGGUGGAGGACCAAGAAGAUGCUACCCAGGAACCGGGUACCAUGGCUGGCCAGUCCCCUCCACACCCCGUGAUGCAGGGUGGCGACCUCGCUGGGUCGUCUCAGGGCAUUGCCUUGGAGCGACCUCCCUCACCACCCGCAGUGACCUACGAGGUGGCGACCGGGGGUCGCUCGACGAGGCUCUGCAUCACUCCCCUGCCCCAAAGCCUAGGGAACGUACAGCUGGAGACUCUUAUAACACUGCCUGUAGAAGACCAGGCUCGUAUCUCGGCAGGCUCCGAGGACGACCUUGACAACAUGGUCCUUUUGAGGCUCAGUCAGGCUAUGCUGGGGAUGAUUGAGGUGGUCGGCCGGAAACGGGGUCGCCAGGCCGCCGCAUACGAGGUGAUGAAAGCAGCCGAGGCCAAGCAGAAGGAGCUGCAGGAGGAGGUCGCCCGACUCACCAGGGAGUUGGAGGAGAAAGAAAAUCGCUGCGCGGCGCUUACUGUGGAGAAAGCUUCCCAGGAGAACCGCUGCGUCGCCCUUGAGGCAGACAAGGCCUCCUUGUCCUUGGAGGUAGAAUCUGUUUCUGCUCGAGUGGUCGAGCUGGAAGGGGAGAAAUCUGAUCUGAUCCAGCAGUUGGAGGUGGAGAGGAGCGAUCGGGUCCGCCAUGCAGAGGGAGCGGUAGAAUCCUUCAAGUCCUCUCCUGACUUCACGGUAGUCGCAAUGGAGCGGAUGGAAGAACUAACGGCCGCUUGGCUCAAAACUGAACCUGGGGCCCAAUGGAUGGUCAAGGAGGGAACCAAGUCCUUCAAUUGCGGACUCUUCCAUGCCCAACAGGUCUUCCACAACAGGCUGGCCCAGCUCCCUAAAGGAUUCUCUCUCCCCGACCUUGGCUUCCCUCCUCCCUGCCGCUCCUUGGCCGAGUUCGACCCCAGUCCCUAUCUGGACGGGGGGAGCUCGAGUGCGUCGGAAGAGGAGGAAGAAGAAGAAGUGGAAGGUGGUCAGAGCGACCAGAAUCCAGGGGCCAGCCUAGCCAUGUCCAAAGCGGGUGGACCCUCCGGCUCGGCCGUCUAAAUCCCCCAUUCUUUACCGCUGAGCGUGUAGUGUGUUUUAUUUGCUACACGCAGGUAAGCAGAAAGCACAAUGUGAUCCUGGCGGCAGAUGGGGUGAGAUUGUCGGGAUGGAUGUGACAAGUUUGAAAUGAUUUAUGAUAUGUCAAAAUUAAAUUCACUUCCGCAAUAUUGUUGAAUACUCCGUACUGUAUAUGUUAUGAAAAAUUAUUGGGAUUAAUAAAGUGUGUUUGAAAAGUUUUAAAUUUUUACGAUUACCAAGUUAAUACUUUAGUCCGGAAGGGGCUGCAGACCUGGACGGAUUAGGGUGUUACACUCUUUCUCCUCUUCAGUCUCACGCAUGGCGAAGGAAAAACAAAAGAAACAGAGACUUCUUCUCCGCAAGAAGCCAAUGCCCAGAUGGAAGUAACGCACAUCUUCUGCAACAUCUCUCCAUAAAGUUCGCUCCAGCUCUCCAACGGUAAAAAUUUGAAGGCCCUUAUUUCUUAAUCUCCUAUAAAUUGAGGACGAAUUGCAACAAGAGAUGGGGAAUUCACACGGAGAAUAAAGCAGCGGCUUGGCCGCUGCUAUGGUGGUCGCCGGCGAUGGUGGCAGGCGGCGUGGUGGACGGCCGACAGACGCGAAUCGGCGGCGGCAAAAGCUCCGGCGAGCGGUGGGCAGUCUCCAUCACACCUCCAGUUUACUCAAUUUGUUCAUCUUCUUCAACAAUUGGUAACCCUUAUUUGUCAAUUUUAUUUUUUCUUCUCCAAUUCUAUGUAAAAGUUUGUUUUUUAUUCCAUUUUUACAUCUUUUUUGCUUGUUGUGUUAAUUUCAAAAAUCCUAAAAAAAUGGUUGGUGUUCU